AUGUUUGAUGGUUUAGGAAUAGAGGUUCGACAAGUAUUCAUCAUGGAAGAUGGAUGCAUCACACCUAAUUCAGUGCUGGAAAUUCUAUCAGAUAGCACUAUUGAUUUCAAUUUUAUGGAUGAACUCCUGUAUGAUGAAAUCAGGUUUGAGACUACCAACACAUCCAACUCUUGGCAACCCUGUCAAUCCACUACGACCAAUUUUUACUCUUCCUCGUACAAUUUUCCCGCUCCAGAGACUAAAGUAGGCGGUUUGGAUUCCAAGGAAAUAAAAAUAUCAGACUGUUCUGACAAUCCAUUUCUAACUUAUCCCCAAAUGGAAGAAUUUGUUGGAAGUCAAGCACGAAACCAGGAAGUUGUUGUUCCUUCAGCAUCUCUAAGCCAAUCUGCCUAUUUUGGGGCCGAAAGUACUGAAGUGAAUAAAGUGUUGUCGGUUGAACCAAAUAGAAAUCCAUACCUUACCAUCUCAGUGAAGAAGAGAUUAGUGCAGGCUUUAGAGUACCUGAAGGAAUUCGUGAGAGAGAAAGAUGUCCUUAUUCAGAUGUGGCUCCCCAUACGGAGAGGAGGACGCCAAGUCCUUACAACAAAGGACCAACCAUUUUCAUUAAAUCCGAACUGCAAAAUUCUUGCAGAAUAUAGAAAUGUUUCCCAAAAUUGUCAGUUUGAAGCUGAUGAAGAUUCUAUGGAGUUCAUUGGGUUGCCUGGCCGUGUUUUCUUGAACAAAUUGCCAGAAUGGACUCCAGAUGUUCGCUUUUACAAAGGAGAAGUGUUUUCACUUGUUAAGUAUGCCCAGCAGCACAAUGUUAGAGGAUCACUUGCUCUUCCAGUUUUUGAACGAGGAAGCGGGAAUUGCUUGGGGGUAGUUGAGAUUGUGACAACUCGUCAAAAUGUUAAUUAUCUCGCUGAACUUGAAAAUGUCUGCAAAGCUCUAGAGGCUGUUGAUCUUAAGAGUUCUAAUAUCCUGAUUCCUCCCAGAGUAGAGGACUGCAGUGAGUCUUACCAAGCUGCUUUAGCAGAGAUUAAAGACGUCUUGAAAUGUGUAUGCGAUACACAUAAAUUGCCUUUGGCACAGACAUGGGCGCCAUGUAUUCAACAGGGUAAAAGUGGGUGCAGGCACUCCAAUGAGAACUGUGCAAAUUGUGUUUCAACAAUUUACUCAGCCUGCUAUGUGGCGGAUCCACAAGUUUCUGGUUUUCUUGAGGCCUGCUCUGACCACCACUUACCAAUAGAAACUUCAUUGCCAAUGUCAGGUAGAGAAGUGCCUGGCACUUCAGUUGGUAUAUUAGAUGAGCAAAUAUAUCCAAAGUUGGUAACUUCUCCUUCCCAAGAACCCUCUUUCCCUGCUUCAUCCCGGAUUAUGCAGAUGACACAAAACAACAAAGAGUUUAAGGUGGUAACUCAAUGGGAUAAAUCUAACAUGGAGUUGCAUAACAUGCUUGCCUCUUUAGAACAUGACCACAUCCAGCAAGAUACUGUUCCCAAAGAAAGUGCUGAGGAUAGUGGAGACUGUUCCUUUUUUGGUGGGCAUCUUUCCUCAGGUGCUAAAAUAACAGGCCAAAAGAGACGGACCAAGACUCAGAAGACCAUUAGCUUGCAAGUACUCAGGCAAUACUUUGCUAUGAGCCUAAAAGAUGCUGCCAAGAAUAUUGGAGUGUGUCCAACAACCUUGAAAAGAAUUUGCAGACAUUAUGGGAUCACGCGAUGGCCAUCUCGGAAGAUCAAGAAAGUUGAUCACUCAUUGAGGAAACUUCAAAUUGUGAUCAACUCAGUCCAGGGUGCCGAGGGCUGUAUUCAACUCAGUUCUUUUUAUAACAAGUUCCCAGAACUCGUGUAUUCAAAUUUACCAGAAAUUGGUCGCCUAUCCACAUCAAACAUGAGUGGUCAUUUGCAGCCGGUGAACACUGAGCCAGAGAGCAGCUUGCUUAGCCCCAGAACCACCAUUUCAAAAUCUCCUUCUUCUGGCAGCCAUAGCUCCCGUUCAAGUUUCUGUUGUUCCACAGGUGUGAAGCAAUCAUCCUCUGCUGUCAAUGCCUCCAGCAAUGUAGAUGCUUUAUCAUCAGAGCAAACUGGAGCUAUGCUAAAGAGAUCAUGGAGUGAUACUCAAUUGCGUGAGAUUCGCCAGGAAGAUUCAUAG